AUGCAAGGCAAACCACGGACAACGGAUUACCGCCGCACCUUUCACACCCGUGGACAACAGCAGCAGCUGCAGCAGCAGCUGCUGCAGCAACUACGGGAGAAGCAGCAGCAGCAGCAGCAGCAGCAGCAGCAGCAGCAGCAGCAGCAGCAGCAGCAGCAGCAGGAGGAGCAGCAGGAGGAGCAGCAGCAGGAGGAGCAGCAGCAGGAGGAGCAGCAGCAGCAGAAGAAGAAACGCCGGCAGCAGCAGGGAGAUAACCAGCAGCAGCAAUCAAUGCAAGCUUUCGCGUCCAGCAUUAGGUCGCUGCUGUCUGCGGAAGGCCCCGCGGAAAUUGAAAAGUUGAAUGAAAUAAAAAGCAAAAAGAAAGAAGCCGAGGAGAAGAAGGAGCUGCUGAGGAAGCAGCUGCUAGCAGAGAAGAGGCGGCGUCGAAACGCUGUUCACAAAACCCCCAAAGAAAUGGACAGCGAGAAAGAAUUGCUUUUGAGGAAACUCGCCACCAAAGGGAGGUUGGGGAAGGAGGGUUUGGCGAGGUUGUCCGUUUCUUGA